AUGUGCGACUUUACUCGACUUCGCCAGGAUAUGGCGUAUGGAGACGUUCUGCUCCCUGAGGACGAAGGGUAUGAGGAGAAGUUGCAGAGAUGGAGCUCGACUUGCGUGAAAAGAGCAGCAGCUGUUGUCAUACCUUCCAACUCGAAAGAAGUGUCUUUGGCUGUCAAAUUCGCAGUCUCGAAUCAGAUUCCAAUGACUGUGUGUGGUGGCGGCCAUUCCUCUAGCGGUGCCUCAUCGUCUGAAGGCAUGGUGAUUGAUCUGAGGAAGAUGCGGAAAGUCGAAGUUGAAGAAGAAGCCAUGACUGUCGAGUUCGGAGGUGGAUGUCUCUGGGAAGACGUCGAUUCUGCCCUUGAACGGCAUGGCUUGGCUACUGUGGGAGGCGUCGUCAAUCACACAGGGGUCGGAGGACUAACACUAGGAGGUGGACAUGGCUAUCUCACAGCUCGUCAUGGUUUAACUAUAGACAAUUUGUUGGAAGCUGAAGUGGUUCUCGCCGACGGCGCGAUAGUCGAAGCAUCUGAGGACAAAGAUGCAAAUUUGUUCUGGGCCAUUCGUGGUGCAGGAGCACAAUUUGGAGUCGUCACUCGUUUUCUUUCUCGAGCCCAUCAGCAAGUCAAAGUAUGGAGCGGUACGCUGGUCUACUCAUCUGACAAGCUGCCUUAUCUAUUACGCUUUGCAAACGAGUUACAUAAGAGACCCAACACAGAAGGUCAUUGUCUUGCUUUAGGAAUAGGCUUUGGGCCAAAUGGUACAACACGCGUCGUAUCAGCUAUCCCUCUGUUUCAUGGCCCAGAAUCCGAUGCCAAACGUUACUUUUCUAGUCUUAUUGAGUUGGAUUCUGUUGCCGAUAAUACUGAGAUGAUGACAACAGCGAAAACAAACACCCUCUUGAACCCAAUCAUGGACUACGGGAUUCGGCGAUUAACGGGAUCAGGCAAUAUCGUGAUGCCUCUGGCUAUCGAAUCAAUGCUACAGACUGCACAGAAAUUCUGGGAGUUCUGUGAAGUACGUGGCGGAAUGGGUAAAUCCGUCAUUGCUAUCGAAUUCUUCCCGACGGACAAGAUUCGCGAAACUGCGCAGGAUGCAACUGCUUACGCCAACCGAGGAGAUUACUACGAUGUCCUGACAUUGUUUGGCUGGGAGAACCCAGACCAUGAUGGUGAAGUACGCGACUUUAACAGGACUAUUUGCAAACAGGUCCGGGAGACGAACGGGUAUCAGGCAGCUGCCGGUAGCCAUUGGAGCAAGGGACCUGUCGGUGUGUACAUCAACGUAGAGGCAGAGAGCAUAUCACCCAAUGAUGCAUGGGGAGCCAACCUGCCACGUUUAAGAGAGUUGAAGAAGAAGUAUGACCCACAGAACGUGUUCAGCAAAUGGCACAGUAUUGCUUAG